AAAGAAUGAAAUUAAAACAAACAAGUCAAGUAUUAAAAAAAUAAAAAGCACAAAAAUUAUUUAGAGUAUUCCAUAUCAAACAAUCUCUCUGAAUACUGACACAAGAGAAACUAGCAACCGACUCCACCAAGUAUAUCAACAGAGUUGAGUAAUACCAUAAUUCAUGGCGACAGAUCCAAACUUGAAUGUUAAGACUUCGCUAGAAAUGGAUCAGGAUGAUGAAGUACUCGACGUUGAUCCAAUAUCUUGGUAUUUCGACCCUAAUAACAAUAAUGAUAAUAUUACUGGUGAUUUGGUCUCAACCAUUACUGAAAGAAAUAAGAUUGUAAGACCAUCUUCUUCAUCAACAAGAAAGCCAAGAAGCCACAAAAAACUACCUGCUGAAUGGAUUGAUAAUUGGGAAGUUACAGAGAUACCGCGAAAAGAUGGAAUUAAAGUUGAUAAGUCCUUUCGUCACAAAAUAAAAGGUUUUACCGUUCGUUCCAUAGAAGCAGUUAACAACUAUGAAAAGUAUGGAGAACUUCCCGAACGCAAAAGCAAAAAAAAAUUGCUUGCGAAGAAAGGGAGAGAAGCACCAAUGACUAAUGAAAAAUUUCAGGAGAUUCUUGCGGAGGAUAAAAAAUAAAAUGCAGAAAAUAAGUGAAUUUGUGUUGAAGAGUUCUCUCCAAAAGUUUACUACAUCUUAUCUCACUGAUUUGAUUAGCAACAAAUAAAUAUGAGAAAGACAAGUUAAUAUCAUAAAUUUAUUUAUGAAUAUUUAUAUAUUAUCAAAAGUAACAAAAUGACAUGUGAUUUCGGUAAUGUACUUUAAUUUCGAUAAACCUCUUUUGAUUAAGG